GGCGCACACACACAUAUAAACCGCAUCGUUCUCUCGACAAGCCUUCCCUUCCCUCUCUCUCUCUCUCUCUCUCUCUCCCCCCCCCCCUCUCUCCCUCUCUCGUACAAAAACCAAAACUGCGGCGUUCUGUGAGAAGAACAACUCAGAACUUCCUCAAUGUAUCUAAUGGUUAAUUAAGAGGAGGAAUUCAAAUACAACCGAAGCUCUCCACUCUGCUUCCUUUCUUCAUCUGCCCCCUUCACAUUCCCUACAGCCAGACCAAAAGAUAUCAACAGGGAUUUUCUGAUUUUCUUCAAUUGGAUCUUUAUUCUCCUCUUCACCUCACUUGCGAGCCCCAUUGCCCCCUUCUUUCGAGGCACUCCACUUCAGUUUGAGAUGUGGCGCUUUAAGCCUUGAAGGGUUUUGUUUUUCAAUGGUACAGCGCCAGGCCAGUGGGAGAUUCUUGCCCGGGGUUUUGGGAUUUAAGUUUUCGGUUUAGCUUGGACAGAGAAACUGACAACAGGCAGUGCCAGGAUAAAAGAUCUGACUUACAUGGUAAAAGUUACAAGAAAAAAACUCGUGAUCAUAGAGUUACUACCUAAUUUUUAAGUUCCAGGGUCAUAUGGCUCUUAGGAAAUAUGUUCCCCCGGGUAAUCCAACUUCAGCCAACAUUAAAUCCUUGACUUUCUCCAAUAAGGGAAACAAAGCCAAUGAAGCAGAUUUACAGAAAAAAAAUGUCAAAGCUGAUGUGGAAGUUGACCUCAGAGAGGUUUAUUUUCUGAUUAUGCACUUCCUCUCGGCUGGACCAUGCCAGAGGACCUCUGGUCAGUUAUGGAAUGAACUCUUGGAGCACCAACUUUUACCUAGAAGAUACCAUGCAUGGUAUUCACGCUGUGGGAUGCGCAGUGGAGAUGAAAAUGAUGAUGGCAUUUCAUUUCCCUUAAGUUAUAAUAAUCUGGUGGAGAGGCAUUCCCAUGUUGAAAAAGAUCACUUAGUAAAGCUUCUGAAGCAAUUAAUCCUAGGUGCAGCGACUCCUUCACAAGGUUUGAUUGGUGGAAAUGCACUGAAUGCAUCUAUGGUUCCAACUCUCAUGGGAACUGGAUCAUUUUCACUUCUGGCAAGUGAUCACCACAAGAAGGACAAGAAAGAUAAACAUCCUCCUCGGUACAUGCGGUGGCCUCACAGAUUGGCAGAUCAAGUGCAUGGGUUAAGCCUAAGAGAAAUUGGAGGUGGUUUUUCUAGGCAUCAUCGUGCACCAUCUACCCGUGCUGCUUGUUAUGCAAUUGCAAAACCAUCCACAAUGGUGCAAAAGAUGCAGAAUAUUAAAAGUGUCAGGGGACACAGGAAUGCUGUUUAUUGUGCUGUAUUUGAUCGAUCUGGGAGAUAUGUCAUAACUGGUUCUGAUGAUCGUCUGGUCAAAAUUUGGUCAAUGGAAACUGCAUAUUGCUUGGCCAGCUGCCGAGGUCAUGAAGGUGACAUCACUGACUUGGCUGUCAAUAUCAACAACACUUUAGUGGCUUCUGCUUCUAAUGACUGCAUAAUUCGAGUUUGGCGCCUGCCUGAUGGAUUACCUAUCUCUGUACUGCGGGGUCACACAGGAGCUGUCACUGCGAUUGCAUUCAGUCCAAGAGCAGGCUCUUUCUAUCAACUUCUAUCGUCCUCUGAUGAUGGAACUUGUCGAAUUUGGGAUGCUAGAUAUUCACAGUUCACCCCACGAGUAUAUGUACCGAAACCUUCAGAUUCUCCUGCCGGGAGAAACAAUGUUCCCUCGUCCAACACUAUUCAACCAACCCACCAGAUCUUCUGUUGUGCGUUCAAUGCCAGUGGAACUGUGUUUGUCACUGGAAGUUCAGAUACUCUUGCAAGGGUAUGGAAUGCUUGUAAAUCCAGUUCAGAUGAUUCAGACCAACCCAGUCACGAGAUAGAUGUUUUAGCUGGUCAUGAGAAUGAUGUAAACUAUGUGCAGUUCAGUGGCUGUGGGGCAGCUGCUCAGAUUUGUUCCUCUGAUUCAUCUAGAGAAGACACAGUACCAAAAUUCAGAAAUACAUGGCUUAAUCACGAUAAUAUUGUCACCUGCUCUCGUGAUGGAAGUGCAAUAAUUUGGAUACCAAGAUCACGGAGAUCCCAUGGAAAGACUGGGAGGUGGAUACGAGCAUAUCACCUGAAAGUUCCACCUCCUCCUAUGCCUCCUCAGCCACCCCGUGGAGGCCCCCGCCAAAGAAUCCUACCUACUCCCCGUGGUGUAAAUAUGAUUACAUGGAGCUUGGACAAUCGCUUUGUUCUUGCAGCUAUCAUGGAUUGCAGAAUAUGCGUGUGGAAUGCGGUUGAUGGUAGCUUAGUGCAUUCCCUGACUGGUCAUACUGAAUCUACUUAUGUCUUGGAUGUUCAUCCUUUCAAUCCUCGAAUAGCAAUGAGUGCAGGAUACGAUGGGAAAACCAUAGUGUGGGAUAUAUGGGAAGGCACACCGAUUCGUACAUAUGAAAUUGGUCCCUUCAAGCUGGUUGAUGGGAAGUUUUCACCAGAUGGGACAUCUAUCAUUCUGUCUGAUGAUGUGGGACAACUGUAUAUAUUGAACACUGGGCAGGGUGAAUAUCAAAGAGAUGCUAAAUAUGAUCAGUUCUUUUUAGGGGAUUAUCGUCCUCUUGUUCAAGAUACAUACGGAAAUGUCCUUGACCAGGAAACACAAUACCCUCCUUAUCGACGGAAUAUGCAAGAUCUCCUCUGUGAUUCCGGAAUGAUACCGUAUCCAGAGCCUUAUCAAAGCAUGUACCAGAAACGGAGGCUAGGAGCCCUUGGAAUUGAGUGGCGCCCACCAUCUGUUAGAUUUGCUGUUGGGGUAGAUUUUAAUGUGGACCCUGAUCAUCACAUGCUCCCUGCUGUGGACUUGGAUGCAUUAUUUGUUCCACUACCUGAGUUUUUGGAUCCAGUGGAUUGGGGACCAGAAAUUGAUGUACAUAGUGAUGAUAAUGAUUCAGAGUAUGACCUAACAGAAGAUUACCCAUCUGGGGGUGAGCAAAGUUUAGGUUCCAAUUCUAAUGAUGAGGAAGAGUGCAGCUCAGAGAACAGUGAGGACGACCAGGACUCGCCUAGAGAUGGCAUGCGCAGAUCUAAGAGAAAGACGCAGAAGGUGGAGAUUGUGACAUCUUCUGGGAGGCGUGUAAAGCGGAAGAACUUGGAUGAGUCGGAUGACAAUUUAAAUACAAAGAACCAGACCAGAAAGCCCCGAAAGGCUAGAAAAUCUCGGAGAGAGAAGUCCCCAUCAAAUUUGAGGCCACAGAGAGCUGCUGCCAGAAAUGCUCUGCAUCUGUUCUCUCGGAUCACAGGGACAUCGACAGAUGGAAAUAUAAAUGGAUCUGCUGGUAAUUCAUCUGAAAGUGGGUCUCUUUUACAAGACUCAAGCUUCACAAGUGAAGAGUCUGACGUAUCUUUGGAAAAUGAAUGGUAUGAGAAUUCCAAGGGAAAAGAAUUAUCGUUGGAUAACAGUGCUGGUGUAGAACAGCAGCCUAAUUUUUAUCCUCAAUCUCAAUCGAAAGGUGAAACAAAGAAGAGAUUAAUUCUGAAGUUGCCAAAUCGUGAUCCAAGUAAACUUGUGUCUGGACAAUCCUCUGGAUCUAAAUGGGGUGAAAACCUGUUAGCCAUAGCUGGAUCAUCAUCUACAGUUCCUACAACAAUGGAUGAAAUAAAUAUUAACUUAUCGCAAGAGGAAUGUGGCAUUGAAGGUGAUAACAAGGAUAAAGGAAAGAUAGGGAAGCCUUCUGAAAAUCAUUUAGACCUUCUUGGAGGGUGCAAUGCUGGUAGUUCAAUUACAUGGGGAGGGGUUAAGGCUCGAUCUGCUAAGAGGUUUAAGAAGGGAGAACCCUCAUCAGCAGGUGUGCCUGCAGGAUCUGGUUCAGUUCUUGAUCAACAUCUUAAAGGGGCAAUUAUUGCCAACAGCCAUUUGAAUUUUGUCAAAGAGCAUGGGGUGGAGAACCCAAGUUUUGGGACUGAAAAUCAGGUAGGAAACUUGGAAGAUGAUGUUUGCAACCAGACCAGUUUGGAUGGAGAUAAAAUUUUUGAUGGAAACUCCUCAUUGGAUGGGGUAAAGAAGGAUGAUACAACCUCAAGUCAACUUCAUGAAGUAUGUAAUGGCACAAAUACAAUAAUGCCUUCUAGUCCCCGUGUAAACGAAACCGAAAACCUCCAUAAAUUGAGAGAGAGUGGCGCCCCUAUUUUGACAAAGAUAAGAAUAAAAUCUAGUACUCUUCUAAGUGAGCAUGAUAGGCCUUGCAGAGCGACUUUUGCACGUCCAGUUAAGGACAAUGCUGAAAGUGAUACAAUAUGUGAAAAUUCCAAUAUUGUGGAGAAAGAAGAGUCGCAACUCCCAGCAGAUGGUGUCAGGACACCAUGCUCCGAUAACAAAGAUCUAAAUGGAGUGGCAGAACCAGAGGAUCUUGUCGAUAGAGCUUCUUCCAGACUCAUUGUACGAGACUCUUUGAAUAUGGAUUCAAAUAACAGGAUUAUCAAAGCUGUUUAUAAAAGGUUGAGGCCUACUCGUGGUAGAAACAAUCCAGAAGGUGGCUCUAGUAGCAUGGAGGCUAGCACCUCUGGUGUUGAAAAACAUCAACUGGAACAAGAAAUUGUAACUCCACCCGAAGGAAUACGUAGAGCAAGAUCUAUUAGAUUUAGGUCAAGUGCUGCAGAUCUAAAUGUGUCCGGAAGCAAUUUUAAAUUCAAAGAACCGCUUGAUCGCUCAGAAGACCAGUCAAUUGAUGUUGAUAAUGCUAGUCCUAGCCUUGGUGAAGAGAACUCUGGUGAAGAAUGGCGAGCAGGAGGAUCCAGGCAUUCCAUCCGAUUAAGAUCCACAAAAAACAAGAGAGGUAACAACCAUGUUCAUGAGUCUAGCUCCCCAAGGAAAUCAAACCAAGCUGGGAAAAGUUCCUGGUUGAUGUUAUCUGCACAUGAGGAAGGAUCUCGGUAUAUACCACAACAAGGGGAUGAAGUUGUAUACUUGCGACAGGGCCAUCAGGAGUAUAUCGAUCAUCUUAAUUCAAGGAAUGUGGGACCUUGGGAAACUCUUAAGCAAAACAUAAAACCUGUGGAGUACUGUAAGGUUGACAGGCUUGAGUACGCCACACAUCCAGGUUCUGGGGAGAGCUGCUGUAAAUUGACCCUUAAAUUUGUUGAUCGAUCAUCUGAUGUCUGGGGGAAAUCAUUUAAGUUGACUCUGCCAGAUAUGACUAGUUUCCCAGAUUUUCUUGUUGAAAAAAGUAGGUAUGAUGCAUCCAUGGCCAGAAAUUGGACCUGCCGAGAUAAGUGCCAAGUCUGGUGGAAGAACGAGGGUGAGGAGGAUGGGAGUUGGUGGGAAGGUCGAAUAUUGAGUGUUAAGCCCAAAUCUCUUCAAUAUCCUGAUAGUCCGUGGGAAAGAUAUAGUGUAAAGUACAAAAGUGAUCCAACUGAAACACAUUAUCACAGUCCAUGGGAACUCUAUGAUAUGGAUACUCGCUGGGAGCAGCCUCAUAUAGACGAUGAUAUCAGGGACAAGCUUACUCGGGCUCUUGCAAAGUUGGAACAGUCCGGUAACAAAGUUCAGGACUAUUACGGCAUAAACAAAUUGCGACCAGUUUCACAGAAGGCAAAUUUUAUAAACAGGUUCCCAGUGCCCUUGACUCUUGAUCUGAUUCAAGCAAGAUUAGAGAAUAAUUACUACAGAAGUCUGGAUGCGAUGAAGCACGACGUUGAUGUGAUGAUAUCAAAUGUGACAACAUACUUUGGAAAAAAUGCCGAGGCUUCAACAAAAGUUAAGCGCUUGACUGAAUGGUUUCGGAAGACUUUCUCAGCUGUAUAGUUAAACCGAAGCGAACACAGUUUUGUAGACAGAGCUUAGCCCUACAGCAUGCCCUGCCCGUGAUCCACCAUGGCUCCCUCCUAUUUCAUGUAUGAUCUCUGUUUGCCCGGACAGUUGAGGAGAUAUUCAUUGUACUUCUUGAAGAUGAGAACCUUUAAGAGUUGUGUAUUGGAUUGAAGAAGUAAAACCAAUUGACUGCUGGGGGAAAUCACCACCAGAGAAAAAUUCAUUUUCAAUGUACAGCGCAGCGCAACCCUUUCCAAACCUUGUCAAAUGAAGAAUAUAUAUAUAUAUACACACAGUUAAUUUACAAGUGGUUUGUGCUUGUUACUUUUCGAGGUAUCUGACGAGUCUUUUUGUUGAAUCACGAUAACAACUCAUUCCAUAUGAAACCACCAAUUAAUGGAUCUGUAAAUCAUUACACAUUCAAUAUUGUUACUUAUGAAUAAUAUGCAAUAGGAGAUGUUGUGCAGACUCCACUCAUAUUAGGAGAGAUCUAGAAAAGCAAAAUAAAAAAUAUUUUGUCCAAUUUCUUUUUCAAAUUUUCUCCAAAUUUCAACUACACUCCAACACACUUUAUAA